ACAGCGAGCCGCUCGGGCUGAGUCUCGUAAUUACUGCGCUCGGCUUUCGGUGCUAAUAUUUUAGGAGGACGAAGUGGCCGCAACAGGUUUACAGACGAAAAACUGGAACUGCAGAGCAGCCAGGCUGAUAGAGAGAGAGCGAUCGGGAGAGGAACGACAGGACGGGAAGGAGGAGGAGGAGGAGCGGAGGAUUUAGACCGCAGAACAUCCCACACUGCGCUCGCUCACUCGGAGGAAUAUCAGGGGGAGAAAGCUCGAGGAGCUCCAGCUCCGGCGCUGAGAAUCUGCGAGAAUAAGAAGACUCCAGUAUGAUGCCGAUGUUCCUGACCGUGUACCUCAGCAACAAUGACAAGCACUACACAGAAGUGCCUGUUACCCCGGAGACACUGUGUCGGGACGUGGUGGACCUGUGCAAAGAGCCCGGCGAGACGGAUUGCUACCUUGCGGAAACCUGGAGAGGUUCAGAGCGUGUGAUUGGUGACAGUGAGAGGAUGAUUGAGGUGCUGCAGCGCUGGGGGCAGCAGAGGGCUGAGGUUCGAUUCUUCCUCCGCCACGAUCAAGCGCCCAACCACGAAACAGGUGGUCUCAGAGGCCCAGAGCUUUUGCUGAAGAGGAACACUGUGAAAUUGUCCGCAGAGAGACAUCUUGAGAACGGGAUUGUCCCCCCUCGUAUGGACAUCACUCUGUCAGAGCUGCAGGAAAUGGCAUCGAGGCAGCAGCAGCAGAUAAACGCCCAGCAGGAGCUUCUGGCUAACAAGGAGCAGCGGCUGCGCUUUCUAAAGAUGCAGGAGCAGCAGACGUCGGAGCAGGAGAAGCUGCGGCUGCUGCGAGAGAACGCCGAGAACCAGGAGGCCAAACUGCGGCGGGUCCGAGCGCUGAAGGGCCAGGUGGAACAGAAGCGCCUCAGCAACAGCAAACUGGUGGAGGAGAUAGAGCAGAUGAACGGGCUGUUCCAGCAGAAGCAGAGGGAGCUGGUGAUGGCCGUGUCCAGAGUGGAGGAGCUGAGCCGGCAGCUGGAGAUGCUGCGCCAGGGCAAACUUGACGAGAGUGGACACAGCUCGGCCGGGGAACUCGAGCGACUCUACAAGGAGCUGCAGCUGAGGAAUAAGCUGAACCAGGAGCAGAGUGCUAAACUGCAGCAGCAGAGAGAAAGCCUGAGCAAACGCACACAGGAAGUGGCCGCUAUGGACCGUAGAGUGGCCGAGCUUCGCGAGCGGCUGUGGAAGAAGAAGGCCGCUCUGCAGCAGAAAGAGAACUUCCCUCAGCCAACUGACGGCCACAGCUCUCAGCCUCCUGUCGGUCAGUCCAGAGUAGCCGCAGUUGGGCCAUAUAUCCAGUGCCCCCCUCCUCCACUUCCUCCCAGACAGGAGGUCCUGAUAAAGCCGGCCUACCCAGACGGCACUGCUACACUGCCCAAACCACUGGCCAAACCCACCGGUCUCCAGGCAGGCAAAAUCUCCAAGCUCUCUGACUGGAGCUCCAGCGCUGAGGUGAGCAGUGUGGGCGGGUCCCAGCGUGGCCACGCCUCCACACUGCCGCGAAUGAGUAGCCACGGCUCGACAGAGAAAGACCCUGAAGCUGAUGUGAAGCCACCACCGCUUCCCUUACGGAAGAACCAGAGCAGUGAGGACCUCCUGAGGGAUGGGCAGUGUGUUGGGAAGGUGCCUCCUCCGGUGCCCAGCAAACCAGCAAAGCAGUCCAACUUCACUAAGCCCUGCUUCAGCACCGGCACUUUCCCAGGCAAAGCCAGAGCAGCCCCCCAGCUCACGCCACCAUCCACUCACAGCCAGAGGGCUCAACUGCCCCCAUCACAUCAUGGCCUGCCCUUGCCCCUACCCCCCAAACAAGACACCCUGCCAGCAGCCACCGUGCGCCCCUUCAGUGUGGAGGGGUCAGCAGGGAAAGGAGCCGUCACCCCCCCGACCCUCCACAAGCCACAGACGCUGGCGGCCAGCUCCAUCUACUCUAUGUACACACAGCACAGCUCGCUGGCUAAGGGCUACCAGGGCCAGAGCACGCUGACCCGCUCCCAGCCCCGACUGUAUGGAAAGCCAGUCAUACCGUCCACCGGCGGGCAGCACUCCCACUCCCAGGACAGCAGCUACCCUGAGCGAGCCGCCACCACGGAGGCAGACCAGGUGGACCACUGCGUUAGCGGUCCUGGGGAGGGUCCAGAGUCUGAGCGUGCGCCGCGGCCGCUGAGCCCCACCAAACUGCUGCCGUUCCUGUCGCACCCGCACCGGCUACAGAGCGACGCCGACCUGGAGGCACUGCGGAAGAGGCUGCACCAUGCGCCACGGCCCCUGAAGAAGCGCAGCUCCAUCACGGAGCCUGAGGGGCCCGCAGGCCCAAACAUCCAGAAACUGCUCUACCAGAAGACCACGCUUGCUGCCAUGGAGACACCCGACAGGGAGGGGUCAGGCAGUGCCCCGGGACAAGAAGACGAGGCAGGGAGGGCGCAGAAGGAGGACGACUCCGUCCCACCUCCACUGCCCCCACGCUCCCCUGUCCCGGACGAGAGUGGGAGGGCUGAACAGCACCCCCUGCUGGAGGAGGACGAGCAGGAAGGCGGCGGCCUCAUUCCAUCCGAACCGUAUACAGAGGAGUAUCCCCCGUACCCGCCACCUCCCUACCCCAGCGCAGGGGACCAGGAUGGCCCAGGGGAGGACAGCGGCAGCAUGAAGGCUCCGGAGGUCACGGGACAGGUCACACUACCCCCGGGGAAGAGGACGAACCUGCGGAAGGUGGGCUCGGAGCGGAUCAAUCACGGCAUGAGGGUGCGCUUCAACCCGCUGGCACUGCUGCUGGACGCUUCUCUGGAGGGAGAGUAUGACCUGGUGCAGAGGAUCAUAUACGAGGUGGAGGACCCCAGUCUGCCCAACGAUGAGGGCAUCACUGCACUUCAUAACGCAGUAUGUGCCGGACACACCGAGAUUGUGAAGUUCCUGGUGCAGUUUGGAGUGAACGUCAACGCUGCUGACAGCGACGGCUGGACCCCUCUGCACUGCGCCGCCUCCUGUAAUAACGUACAGGUAUGCAAGUUCCUGGUGGAGUCUGGAGCCGCGGUGUUCGCCACCACCUACAGCGACAUGCAGACGGCAGCCGAUAAGUGUGAGGAGCUGGAGGAGGGAUACGCUCAGUGCUCGCAGUUCCUCUACGGCGUGCAGGAGAAGAUGGGCGUGAUGAACCGGGGGGUGGUGUACGGUCUGUGGGAUUAUGAGGCCGAGAGUGCUGAUGAGCUGUCCUUCACUGAGGGAGACUGCAUGACCGUUCUGAAGAGGGACGACGGGCAGGAAAGUGAGUGGUGGUGGGCUCGCUGCGGAGACAACGAGGGGUACAUCCCCCGCAACCUGCUCGGGCUGUAUCUGCGGAUCAAGCCCAGACAGAGGAGUUUGGCCUAAAUCUCUCUCCAGGAUCUUAUGGUUCAGUCCCAAACCGGCGUGCCCUAAUAUCUCGUGCACACUUCACAGUGAAAGCAGUGUUACUGCACACUGGAACAUUCGUGAGCUUCAACUGCUGUGACUGUGUUUUUUUGUCAUUUGUUGACUUUGUUAAUUUACAAGCACAACGGGAAAAACGAUUGUAAGUGGGCCUCAGAAGCGUCUUCACUUCUUUUGUAGAAAAAAGGAUUUUUUUCAUGUAGCGAAGUCUAAUAAAGGUUUGUUGAUAUUGCUAAAGCCUUUUGUAGAUGCUGAAAGACAGGACUAACGUGCACAGCUGGGCUAAGUAAGAUGUGGAAACCAUUCAUUAUUUAUAUAACUCUAUAAAAUGAUUUGUACAGAUGUAUAGAAGCGAUGACUCCGGUGCCCUUCAUCCACUGUGAGGACUUUAUCAGGUUUCAUGUUUGUGUGUAACGUCCUUGUCUCUUUAAAUGAAUGUAGCUCUGUGUCACUGCUGUGCGAGGCUCUGAGGCUCUGAGAUGCAGGAGUUCUUUUAAAGGAAUACUUCAGCGAAUAAUUCAGUUUACCCUUCAGCCCAAAUGUAGUCAGUCAGCCAGGACGUGUUUGGUGUCCAAAGGCUACGUUCACAUCACCAGGUUGAAGUGGCACAAAUCUGAUUUUCUGCCCUAAUG